AUGCACACGCAGCAGAAACGGAAAGACAGCACCAGUCGAGCAGUUACCAUGAUUAUAAUCCUGCUGCAACUUCUUGGGAUCCUUGCCCGUGGAGUAGUGGCCCAGAAAAGCUCGCCCAUUGCCAACUGGCACAUGGGCGACUCGCACUAUACGAGUGACCAGUACGCCAAGAUACUGGGCGAUGUGGGUCUGGGCCAGGAUGCCGAUGACAAGGACUACAAGGGCCUGGGUCCCAUGCAGAUCCAGUACGUGGACUACCAGCCCAAUUGCCAGGCAGGCGGAGUGCCAGUCUGUGCCACCAAUGGAACCGAUAGCUUCUACUUCGAGAACAACUGCCGUUUGGAGGCGGCCAACAUGAAGAUGCUCUUCCAGCACGGCACAGAACUGGAGCCCACGGAGAUGGAGCGAUGCCUGCCCACCUGCCAGACGAUGAAGUGCAGCCAGGUGGAGCGUCCAGUUUGCGCGCUGGCCGAGAUUGCAGGCGCUGUUCCCCAAACUUUCACCAACGAGUGCGAGAUGCGUAGACGCGAAUGCCACACGAAACAAGUCCAGCGAAUCCUGCACACGGGUCCUUGUCAGACACCCACGAAGAGUGGGCGCAAGAAGAAGCUGCGUCGCAACAAGAAAAAGCCUUCCACUUUCAGCGCCUCCAAUGCCAAGUUUGCCACCAACCCGAAGAAAGUAUACAUAAUGCUGGCCACUCCUGCUCCUUGGAGCAGCAGCACCACACCCAGGCCCUCCUCCAGCACAACCACAACCAGAAUCACCACGACGGCCAGGAUGAGGCCCACCAAACAGACCAGCACAAGUCCCUCGCCCAUGCAAUUCCAGCAGCUGAUGAGCCUGGCCAAUCCCAUGGUCUCCGUUUCCCAGGCUGUGGAUGCCUACAAUGUGUACAAUAUACCCGAUGUGGGUCGCGAUUACGGCGAGAUAACCGACUCCUCGCUCUCGAUGUUUUUGCCCGAAGUUGGUCGUGUCACGGAGCCCUAUUCCGCGCCCAGCAGCACCACUAGCACCACUAGCACUACUACCACAUCCACCACCACACCCCUGCCAGUUUUGGCCGCAACCAGGCUAUUCGAGCCUUCGAGCACCAGCACUGUCCAAUCCUUUCUGCCUCUACGGAUGCCCAGCACCACUGAGAUUGGCGAAGAAACCACCACGGAGCAUUUGGAAGCGAUUACACAGGCCAUGAGCACCACUCAAAAAUCCGCAGCAACUGCACAAGCCCAACUUUAAACUUCGAAAACCAUUAUAUAUUUAGUUUUUUUUUUACUAAUAUUUAUUGAAAGUAUUUACAGCUGCUUCAGAUAUGUUUUAAAUUAUACA